AUGAGUUCUAAGCUACCACACAAACUAAUUCUGCUGCUUAUCCUGUCUCUCUCAGACCGCCCUGGUAUGCUGGACUUCAAAGGCAAAGCAAAGUGGGAUGCCUGGAAUGCAUUGAAAGGAAUGUCCAAAGAAGAUGCAAUGAAAGCUUACAUAGCAAAAGUGGAAGAACUGAAGGGCAAAUAUGGCAUCUGAGGACUGGAUAUAGCAGCCACUUGCACAUCUAAAACACGCCUUAUUUCUAAUACUGUGGAAAACUGGUUACUGAGAGUAAUUUUAUAAAUACCUAGUAUAUUAUAGUCAGUUCUCCUCAUGCCUGUAGUUCAGGGGAAGUUGUGUACCUGCCUAAUGUACUGACACGGUAUAAAUUCCUUCUGGGAACAAAAUCUGGAACUCAUUAAAGUGCUUUUGGUAUUUUAGUUGUUGUGACGGUCAUCCCUUAGAGAUUAUUCUGAGCUCAUCCCUUAAUUGCCAUGUUGCAGCUGCCAAGUGCUCUGUGAGGCGCAAGCCAACCUCUCCAGUCCUUGUGCCACUAGAGGGGGCUCGGUAAUCUGUCUUGUGCAAUGUGGACUUGUGUCCAAACCAAUCUGGUGAUGUCUGAUGCUGCUUUGCUUCCUUUCUCAUGUAGUUGAGUGGCAACCCACAAAAGCUGGAGCACCACAAAGGUUAUUGUGAAGAGGCUAGGUCUAAUGCUUGAUGUUUGUUGCCUGGGGCUCUCAGAGACUGAGUCAACAAUUGCCAAAACUUUCAGAAAACACUUCUUGAAGAUGUUAUUCCCCAACAACGUCAGGAUUCUGGAGAGAAGGCAAAUACUCGGCAGCCGAACACAAAACCUUCCCUGUGAAAGACAAGGUUCUGCAGACAGUGGAGUCGUUGAUGCACUUGGUACUACACUGCUGUAAACAGAGCGCACUGGUGCUGCCAUGUACCGAGGCUACAGUGAGGGGUGAAUCAAGUAUAGAUUGGCUUAAUGCUUAUGAGGCUGUUCACGCAGGAAGGCUUGCAGUGGUCAUCAGGAGAAGUUUUAUACCAAACACAGUUGUGACCAUCUCUGGUAGGCCUUUAGCCAUUUCUGUCUGCGUAGCACAGUCUGUUAGAGUUGCUGAGGCCAGAAGGGGAGACACUGCUUCUAAAAUGCGGCACUGAACUAUUCCAGCACAGAGUGUGUGAGAAUAAAGUCACAGCCUCAGGGAGUAAGGCACUC